AAGAAGACUCACCUGGCAGGUUUUCACCUCCGUGUGAGCGUAUAAAAGGAGAAGCUGAUGAUGCUGCACAGUCAGACAGACUCAGGAGUGAAGAGCGCUUCACGUCAAAGAGGAGAAAAUCACUGCAGGAGAAACGACUGAUCUUCACAACCUGAAGUAAGGAUGAACUCUGGGAUCCGGUGCAUCGUUCUUCUGGCCUGCAUCACCAUCUGCUCCUCAGCCAGUAUUAUGAGGUGUAAGUGUAUAAAAACGAUUUCUGCAGUAAGGACCCGUCUCAUCGCUGAUGCGAAAGUGUAUAAACCUGGUCCAUCCUGCAGCCUACAGGAAGUGAUUGUCAUCCUGAAAGAUAAAACCCAGCUCUGUCUUGACCCAGCGGGACGUCAGGCUCAAGACAUCAUCAGAAUCCUGGAAGCAAAAGAAAUGCAGGCAAAGGCUAAGCAGACGAGCAGCGUCAACACAAAAGCAACUACUGCAGCAACCACAACUACUGCAGCAAUCAUAACAUCAGCAGCAACAACAUCAGCAACAGCAGCAGCAACACCAGUAGCAGCAACAUCAGCAACAGCAACAUCAACACCAACAAGCCCACGGAGUAUUGCAAUCAAUCAAGUGGAAAGUGAUGAAAGCAUGGAGGUAGGUUUGGCUCUGUCGGAGUAUCAGAGCCUCACCUGA